AUUUGAAAUCCCUUUUCAGUCAAUGUGCUCGUCUGUAGAUGCACUUAGAGGACUAGUUCCAAACUGUUUAUGUGGGGCCGAAUACGACUUAAGAUUCUGCGCUCCUUAUACAUUACCUUGCGCCCAUACGUUCUGUCUGAUUUGUUUGAGCAAGGAUGAACAGAGGAAAAAAAGAAGGUGCCCAUCUUGUCACAAAAAGUACUCAUCGUUUAUCCUGAAUAUCGCUCUCUCUGAAGUGGUGAACCGGGUACGGCAACGACGAGAAUGGUUAGCAGGCCGAUCACGUAGAUGUGAUGAAUGUGAAUCGCGGCAUCCUUUGUCUGCUAUGCGGCGUUGCGUCACCUGUGUGCGCGAAAUUGGGAAACAUGUGUCUGUAGGCUGCACCUUGGAUUGUGUCAUAUGUCUUGAAUGUUGUGUCGAACGUCAUAAUGGACACGAACUUGUGGCAGUUACAUCAAGGAAAACUCAGCCUUCCGCAAUAGUUUAUCCCGUUGCGUCUUCAACACCUCGUUCAAAUUCAUUACCUCUUUAUGUGCAAGAGAGAGCAUCCACUAGCAAAGAAGCAAUUAUGGAUCCACAGAAUCAACGUUUGAUGAACCCUCAGCCUCCUGGAGCAGUUGUGACAGCAGGUUCUAAAUUGGGUUCAAUUGUACAAGCAAGAAAUCCAAUUUACUACCAGACUUCUUUAUCCGAUACAUCACCCAGUGAAGGUAGUAUUGUCAGUCGCAUCUCUGGGUUUGUCAGAGGCAUCGCAAGCUCGCGUCAAAACGUUGCGAAUCAGAACCAUUACGAGAAAUAUCAACAGAAGUUUCCUCGGAAAAGUUGCAACGCUUCGAAUCGAAACAGCAUCGAUACAGAUAUUUCUUCAUACCAAAGAAUCUCUCCUCACCGCAGUUCAUCUGGAAGCGAUACGAAUUCGGAUAUCCAGCAGAAGAAGUUCAGUGGUUUGUCUCAAUGCUACUAUUGCGCAAGUCUCAGUCGAGCGUGUGUCAUGAGCUGUCGGCAAUAAAGCCGAUCAAGCGCUUUGCCUUAGAGUGCGGACACCUGUACUCGCUUUUACUCCUGUUAUUCUAUAUUGCAGUUGUAAUCAUUGGUUGUCCAGCCUUUUUCGAAGCAUCUCAUCUACACCAAAUUUUAAUCUAUGGUACACGAGGUAUUAUACAUGUUUACAGAUUCCUUCAUGUGAUUGCCACCCUUACCUCUCCUUCCUCCUCCCCAUCAACCUCAUUUGUAGAUCUCACUUUGUUAAGAUGUGCUAUUUUGUUCACUACAUCUGUACCUCCUAUGUUAUGCAUGAAGUUCUCCUCUACAAUUUGUAACUCUUUACACCCGAUUUCAGUUACUACAUAUCCUCCGAUAAUACCAUGCAUAAUGUUCAUCGUUAUGAAAUUAGUGUUUUGUGUAGCGCUUUGUUGCUUCGAUGUUAAAAAAAUCUGCGUUUGUAGAAGUAAUAACUCCAUUUUGAAAGAAAACUCCAGAUUUAAUAGGUAUGUAGAGAGCAGUGGCGACCUCGCCCCCCCCCCCACCCCCGAAAAUGGGUCGCGAAAUUUCUGAAAGUUAC